CAAGAUCCAACACCGAGCCGGGCUGUUGUUACAGUCUUGCCCAGAGUCUGCACCGUCAAGGAGAAGAUGGGAAAAGCCGCAAUGGGGGGUGUCGCGCUGUGCUGAUGUGUUGUUGGUCUACGCUCUGGGGUGAUAGCCGGGCAGGCAACACACGAAAUCUGCCCGUAUUACCCUUUGUCAGGGAAGGAGCAGGGCUAGGUUCGCGGUGUCGGAAAGCUCCCAGGCUCGCUGUGCCGGUUUUGUACGAUGGAAAUUCUCGUUUCUGGCUUGUUUGCUUGACUUGCGUUCUGUUUCUCUCAUGUCGAUUUUAUUCCGUCGGUGCAGGAGUUCAUUGUCUUUUUUUUUUUUAUUUUUUUUUAUCGUAUCUCCCCUCGUUUUCGCAUUCUUUUUUUUUUUUUUAUUUGGUUUUGUUCUACUCUUUAACUUUGAUGGGUGUUGAUGAGCUUUUCAUUCGGCUCAUGGAUGGACGUGGGAUGGGAUGAAAGGACGACAAGUCAGGUUUUUCCAACGUGGGAGUUAGAGUUGUGGAGGAAUCCGUGAAUACAACUGACUGACUGAGUGACUGGGUCGACACUUGGUAUUACUGUAUGUG